CAGGGACGACGCCAACCAAUGAUGCCGUUUACUGUCACUAAAUAAGUGCUUAUCAAAUAGCCUAGGCUUCGUCAAAAUGAAUCCGCCUAUAUUGACAGGAUUAAUGGACUCAAAACCCAACAGGAGGUCUAAGAAGAAAAAAGAGCCAAGUGGAGGGGUCCUUUCAUCAGCUCAUCCCAAACCCAAUAAAGUGACACCUGUGGAAACCAAGAACAAGAAUUAUGUCCCCUCCAGCAGGACCAAUAAGAAAAUCCUUCCUCCAGUCAAGCAUACUGUACCAAGGUCUUUGCCACCAAUGAGAAACUCAGUUCGGAGCCAGUCAAGACCAUUUUCCAAAGAUGCUGGUGAGAAGUUCCCUCUAGUGCUGUAUGGACGUGCCGCUCUACAUCAGCUGGUAAAGCCGCCGUCAUAUGAUGAGCCAAUCAGCGAGGUAGCCAGGGAGUGUUUAUCGCCGCAUCUCAUCAGAAAUUUUCCUGCUGAGUCAUUUGCAUUUCUGGAGCAACUCUCUCAAAUGCAGAGAAUAACUGUUACCAAGAUUCUGAAGAUGAAGUACAUCACCAACCUGGAACUGCUUCAGAAGUCCAAAAUGAUAACUAAUUGGGUAACUGUUGCAUCCAGAGAUGUGGUUCUCCCAGCUGUCUACCUGUACCAGGCCAUAACAAAAGACUUAUACAAGAAGUACACACAGAAGGACCUCCAUCAUAAAUGGCUAUGCCUGGGGGAUGGUGGCAUGUCCAGUGCAGUAAAUCAUGAGGGAGUGGUCAGUGCUGCUCACAUGUUUAAUGCCCUUGUCUGCAUGACGAGGACCACCAGGAAGCAACCAGAAGACUCAGAUGAGAGCUGCCUAGCUUAUUCUGGACAGUCUACACCAAGCAGCUCUUCUGUUGCCAGCCACAGGAAAGGCAAUCUGCUCUACUGUAGCCAGAUUCAUGUCAACGCCAGUGAGCUGGUCCAGCACAUGUAUCGGAUGCUUCUGAACUCUCACUUGGGAAGCAUAUACAUAUCCCAAAGCUGGUGGGCAAUGAUGACGCCAGACUUGGCGGCCAAAAGGAACUUGGAGUUUCUUUCUGACCUGCUUUUCAACUUCAUUGUAUACGCGGUCAAGAACCUCCUCGAGUCCUUCUUAGGAUUGCCCCACAAAGUGCCGUGCAGUAGCUCAAUGGAGUGGACUCUUAAGAGCAGGCCAGGCGUGUCCAGCACCGUGGUCUCAGAGGAGGCGGCCGCACUGGAGGCGCUGUCUGAAGUGUUGAUCAGCAGGGUGGCUGACGUGCUCUCCACCAUCUCUGAAACUCAGCACAGAGCCACAGAUUUAACAUGUGAGGACAGUGCUGAGGCUGACCAGGAAGAGCCCAUAGUCUAUGACGACCACCUGGAGGAGUUCCUGUCCUCACUUCAGCUGAGUGGGACUCUGGCUGCCAGCAGGAGCCCUUGCACAUCAGAGGGACUAGAUUCUGUCACCACCCUCAGCACUCAGUCUUUGGAGACCGUCUCUGACCUCUUGAUGCUGUGCAAAAACGAAAACGGGCCAGUUUACCAACACCCUACCAACCCAGUCGCAGAGGGCAGAGACUGUGACAAGCGCUCGCACAACGUGGUGUCCGAGCAGACGUCUCUGAGUGGAUUUUGCUUAGACCAGAACUCAGCCAGUGGAAACUCAGCGCAGAGCACCAGCAGCUGCACCUCAAUGUGUGGACCUCCUGGCUGCACCUCAAUGUGUGGACCUCCUGGCUGCACCUCAAUGUGUGGACCUCCUGGCUGCACCUCAAUGUGUGGACCUCCUGGCUGCACCUCAAUGUGUGGACCUCCUGGCUGCACCUCAAUGUGUGGACCUCCUGGCUGCACCUCAAUGUGUGGACCUCCUGGCUGCAGCUCAAUGUGUGGACCUCCUGGCUGCACCUCAAUGUGUGGACCUCCUGGCUGCACCUCAAUGUGUGGAGCUCCUGGCUGCAGCUCAAUGUGUGGACCUCCUGGCUGCACCUCAAUGUGUGGACCUCCUGGCUGCACCUCAAUGUGUGGACCUCCUGGCUGCACUUCAAUGUGUGGACCUCCUGGCUGCACUUCAAUGUGUGGACCUCCUGGCUGUACAACAGCUGAGCGGCAUCUCAGCUCAGCAGAGACAGUCGAGUUGAUCGAGGGAUCGGACGAUGGUCAUCCACUGAAAGAGAGCAGUCAGGCUACCAGCGAGCAGUCCAGUCCCACUGGACCCAGCAUGUGCUGGGCUUCCGAUGAGCUUCCGGGAAGGGCCUGCUCCAGCAGUGACCCGUCUCCAUCAACCUCCACCACCACCUCUCACAAGAGCCAGCCCAGCCCCAGCUCACACACUCAUGCAGUGGACGCAACUGUGGUGGAGGACACACAGUCUAUGGGGUGCCAGAACAACAUCAGCAUCAAACAACUGUCCAGUGACCACUCUCUACGAGCACAUCAACAAGAACCAUCUGAGCCCUUGAAGGAUUCUGCAGAUAUGCAAGAAAAAAGACAGACAUGUCUCUUUAAAGGGACAAAAAUCAAAACAUGUCCUGAAGGUCUUAUGGAUUUGUCCACUAACAAUAGACGAUUCCACCGGUCCAAGGCUGUGUCCAGACUCUUCUGCUUCGACUGUAGAGAGGAAUCAUAUGAAGAUGUGCAAUGAUGCACAUCAACACUAAC